CAGAGAGACAGACAGACAGCCAGAGAGGGAGGGAGGAGGGCGGAGGAGGAGCAGGAGGAGGACUACGCGGGGCGCGUUCCCUCCCAGCCGGGCGCCCGCGUCGCUGCCGCCGCCGGAAGACAGACGCCCCCCAAAGCCUCUUGCCUGGCUCGGACCCACGGAGCCGGCAGCCCAGCACUCCGAUGGGAGCUUGCCUGCCUGUUUCCCUGUUGGCCUGGACCCCAGAGCCUGUCCAGCUGAGCGUGUGCAGAGAGCCCUGGGUACGGGGUGACUCUCGGGCUACUGCGGAGACCACCCCGGAGUCACUGGUGAAGACAGAUCUUUCUUGCUAAGCCUGGCCUGUCUGCAGAGCCUGCUCAGGCGCUGUCCAAGCCCCCUCGGCCUGGGCUCAGGCCGGAGCCACUCCACAGCACCCCCAGCGGACAGCUAGCAAGUGGCAGAGCCCCCAGGCUUGGGGGCCCUCGCUCUCCCAGAGCUCUCCAGUGACAGCCCAGGCGGCAGAGCCGAGGGUCCUGGUCCCGGCUUCUCGCACCCUCAUGUCAGCCCCGGCCCCGCCCGGCGGCCCGCGGAGGACAAGGUCAGGAUGCGUGUGAAGCCCCAGGGCCUGGUGGUGACUUCCAGUGCCGUGUGCAGCUCUCCUGACUACCUCCGGGAGCCCAAGUACUACCCCGGCAGCCCCCCCACCCCCCGGCCUUUGCUUCCCACCCGGCCCCCUGCCAGCCCACCCGACAAGGCCUUCGCCCACACCUUCUCCGAGAACCCACGCCCACCCCCUCGCCGGGACCCCAGCACCCGGCGCCCACCAGUCCUUGCCAAGGGGGACGAUCCGCUGCCCCCUCGGGCAGCCCGGCCAGUCUCCCAGGCCCGCUGCCCCACACCCGCCGGAGACGGCAGCAGCUCCCGACGUCGCUGGGACAACGGGCGGGUGAACCUGCGUCCAGUGGUGCAGCUGAUCGACAUCAUGAAGGACCUGACGCGGCUCUCCCAAGACCUGCAGCACAGUGGCGUGCACCUGGACUGUGGGGGCCUCCGGCUCAGCCGCCCGCCCGCUCCGCCUCCCGGUGACCUUCAGUACAGCUUCUUCUCCUCCCCCAGCCUGGCCAACAGCAUCCGCAGCCCUGAGGAGCGGGCCACCCCCCACGCCAAGUCCGAGCGGCCCGGCCACCCCCUCUACGAGCCCGAGCCUGAGCCUAGGGACAGUCCCCAGCCAGGCCAAGGCCACAGUCCCGGGGCCACAGCCGCAGCCACUGGUCUGCCCCCAGAGCCUGAGCCAGACGGCCCCGAUUACUCAGAACUGGCCGACGCUGACAUCCUCAGUGAGCUGGCCUCCCUCACCUGCCCUGAGGCCCAGCUCCUGGAGGCCCAGGCCCUCGAGCCGCCCUCGCCUGUGCCGGAGCCUCAGCUCCUGGACCCCCAGCCCCGCUUCCUGGACCCACAGACCCUUGAGCCGCUUGGGGAAGCUCUGGAGCUGCCGCCCCUGCAGCCUCUUGCCGACCCUCUGGGGCUGCCGGGUCUGGCCCUCCAGGCCCUGGAUACCCUGCCCGACUCCCUGGAGUCACAGCUGCUUGACCCUCAGGCACUUGACCCCCUGCCCAAGCUGCUUGACGUCUCUGGCCGCCGUCUGGAGCCCCAGCAGCCCCUGGGGCCCUGCCCACUGGCCGAGCCGUUGCACCUGGACUUAUGCUCACCCCAUGGCCCCACCGGGCCUGAGGGUCACCCCAAGUACGCCUUGCGGCGCACUGAUAGGCCAAAGAUCCUGUGUCGCCGGCGGAAGGGAAAGGUGAGGCCGGUGAGGUUGUUGACGCCUGGCACGGCAGGCACAGAGGGCACCGUGGGCAAGCCGGUGGCCAGAGGCUGCGGCGCCCCCCCGCCGCCGCCGCCACCCCCGCCGCCGCCGCCCGGAGGGCCACCACAGGCAGGCUUGGGAGAGCUAGGUCCGGCGAUGCAACACCGAAGCACAGGGGCCGAGCCCCCGCCGCCGCCGCCGCCGCCACCCCCUGCCCUGCCAGGCCCAGGCCCAGUCCCGGAGCUGGAGCCAGAAUCUUCCCAGACCCCGGUCGUCCCUCCCCGCAAAGGCAAGUGCCGAGGCGUCCGACGCAUGGUGGUGAAGAUGGCCAAGAUCCCCGUGUCGCUGGGGCGGCGGAACAAGACCACAUACAAGGUGUCGUCCCUGAGCAGCAGCCUGAGCGUGGAGGGCAAGGAGCUGGGCCUGCGGGUGUCCACAGAGCCCACCCCGCUGCUGAAGAUGAAGAACAACGGGCGCAACGUGGUGGUGGUCUUCCCCCCCGGCGAGAUGCCCAUUAUCCUCAAGCGCAAGCGGGGCCGCCCGCCCAAGAACCUGCUGCUGGGCCCCGGCAAGCCCAAGGAGCCGGCCGUGGUGGCGGCGGAGGCGGCCACCGUGGCGGCGGCCACCAUGGCCAUGCCCGAGGUGAAGAAGCGGCGGCGGCGGAAGCAGAAGCUGGCGUCGCCCCAGCCGUCCUACGCCGCGGACGCCAACGACAGCAAGGCCGAGUACUCGGACGUCCUGGCCAAGCUGGCCUUCCUGAACCGCCAGAGCCAGUGCGCCGGGCGCUGCUCGCCGCCCCGCUGCUGGACCCCCAGCGAGCCCGAGUCGGUGCACCAGGCCCCCGACACGCAGAGCAUCUCCCACUUCCUGCACCGCGUCCAGGGCUUCCGACGGCGCGGCGGCAAGGCGGGCGGCUUCGGUGGCCGGGGCGGGGGCCACGCGGCCAAGGCCGCCCGAUGCUCCUUCAGUGACUUCUUCGAGGGCAUCGGCAAGAAGAAGAAGGUGGUGACGGUGGCGGCUGCCGGGAUCGGGGCGCCCGGCCUCACCGAGCUGGGGCACCCGCGCAAACGCGGCCGCGGGGAGGUGGAUGCCGCGACCGGGAAGCCCAAACGCAAGAGGCGAUCCCGGAAGAACGGGACUCUGUUCCCGGAGCAGGUGCCCAGCGGGCCAGGCUUCGGGGAGGCGGGUGCGGAGUGGGCCGGGGACAAGGGCGGUGCGUGGGCCCCCCACCACGGGCACCCGGGUGGGCAGGCGGGCCGGAACUGCGGGUUCCAGGGGACCGAGGCCCGGGCUUUCGCCUCCGCCGGGCUGGACAGUGGGACUUCGGGCCGGGGCGGCUACUACAGCACGGGCACCCCCGCGGGCCAGACCGAGCUCAGCCAGGAGCGCCAGAACCUCUUCACCGGCUACUUUCGCUCACUGCUCGAUUCGGACGACUCCUCCGACCUCUUGGACUUCGCCCUGUCGGCCUCUCGCCCGGAAUCCCGGAAGGCGUCGGGUACCUACGCGGGGCCCCCCACCAGCACCCUGCCUGCCCAGCGGGGCCUGGCCACCUUCCCCAGCCGGGGGGCCAAGGCCAGCCCAGUGGCAGUGGGCAGCGGUGGCACUGGGACAGAGCCCUCCUUCCAGCCUGUCCUGCCCGCCCGCCAGACCUUCCCCCCGGGCCGGGCGGCGAGCUAUGGGAUAACCCCAGCCACUUCCGACUGCCGGGCGGCCGAGACCUUCCCGAAGCUGGCUCCCCCUCCCUCGGCGGUGGCCCGCUCACCCACCGCCCACCCGCCCGCCAGCACCUACCCCCCCCAGUACAGCGGCUACGGGGCCGGACAGGGCGUAUUCGCCCCGGCCAAGCCCUUCACGGGCCAGGACUGCGCUAACAACAAAGACUGCAGCUUCGCCUACGGCAGCGGCAACAGCCUGCCCGCCUCGCCCAGCAGCGCCCACAGUGCCGGCUACGCCCCAGCGCCUGGCGGUGGCCCCUGCCUGCCGCCCAGCAAGGCCUCCUUCUUCAACAGCUCUGAGGGUGCCCCUUUCUCCGGUUCAGUCCCCACACCCCUCCGCUGCGACAGCCGGGCCAGCACCGUCUCGCCCGGCGGCUACAUGGUGCCCAAGGGCACCACGGCGUCUGCCGCCUCCGCGGCCUCUGCUGCCUCCUCCUCCUCCUCCUCCUUCCAGCCCUCGCCUGAGAACUGUCGGCAGUUUGUGGGGGCUUCUCAGUGGCCUUUCCGGCAGGGCUACGGAGGCCUGGACUGGGCCUCGGAGGCCUUCAGUCAGCUCUACAAUCCCGGGUUCGACUGCCACGUCAGCGAGCCUAACGUGAUCCUGGACAUCUCCAACUACACGCCCCAGAAGGUGAAGCAGCAGACGGCGGUGUCCGAGACCUUCUCCGAGUCGUCCUCCGACAGCACCCAGUUCAAUCAGCCGGUCGGUGGCGGCUUCAGGCGUGCCAACAGCGAGGCCUCCAGCAGUGAGGGCCAGUCGAGCCUGUCCAGCCUGGAGAAACUGAUGAUGGACUGGAAUGAGGCGUCGUCCGCCCCGGGCUACAACUGGAACCAGAGCGUCCUCUUCCAGAGCAGCUCCAAGCCCGGCCGCGGACGGCGGAAGAAGGUGGACCUGUUUGAGGCCUCCCACCUGGGCUUCCCGUCGUCGGCCUCGGCCACGGCCUCGGGCUACCCGUCCAAGCGGAGCACUGGACCCCGGCAGCCACGGGGUGGACGAGGCGGUGGGGCCUGCUCAGCUAAGAAGGAGCGGGGUGGUGCGGCAGCCAAGGCCAAGUUCAUCCCCAAACCGCAGCCGGUCAACCCGCUGUUCCAGGACAGCCCAGACCUCGGCUUGGACUACUAUAGCGGAGACAGCAGCAUGUCACCGCUGCCCUCACAGUCGAGGGCCUUCGGGGUGGGCGAGCGAGACCCCUGUGACUUCAUGGGACCCUACUCCAUGAACCCGUCCACGCCAUCCGAUGGCACCUUCGGCCAAGGUUUCCACUGCGAUUCGCCCAGCCUGGGCGCCCCUGAGCUAGACGGCAAGCAUUUCCCGCCACUGGCCCACCCACCCACAGUGUUUGAUGCUGGCCUGCAGAAGGCAUACUCACCCACCUGCUCACCCACACUGGGCUUCAAAGAAGAGCUGCGGCCGCCACCCACAAAGCUGGCUGCCUGUGAGCCCCUCAAGCACGGGCUCCAGGGGGCUACUCUGGGCCACGCGGCUGCAGCCCAGGCUCACCUGAGCUGCCGGGACCUGCCGCUGGGCCAGCCCCACUAUGACUCUCCCAGCUGCAAGGGUACGGCGUAUUGGUACCCGCCGGGCUCGGCUGCCCGCAGCCCGCCCUAUGAAGGCAAGGUGGGUACAGGGCUGCUAGCUGACUUCCUGGGCAGGACGGAGGCUGCGUGCCUCAGUGCCCCACACCUGGCUAGCCCACCGGCCACGCCCAAGGCCGACAAGGAGCCACUGGAGAUGGCCCGGCCGCCCGGCCCACCCCGUGGCCCCGCUGCAGCCGCUGCUGGCUAUGGCUGCCCGCUCCUUAGUGACUUGACCCUGUCCCCAGUGCCGAGGGACUCGCUGCUGCCCCUGCAGGAUACUGCCUACAGGUAUCCAGGCUUUAUGCCGCAGGCGCAUCCUGGCCUCGGUGGGGGCCCCAAGAGCGGCUUCCUGGGGCCCAUGGCGGAACCUCACCCUGAGGACACAUUCACCGUCACCUCCCUGUAGUGCCAACUGAAGUGCCGACUGGACCUCGAGGUUUUGUUCCUGGCUUUCAGAAAACCAACGCCAAGACCCCUCCCAGCGUCCACAGCGUCUUCUGGCAGGAGCGCCUGCCCCUCUGCCUCCAGCCCCACCCCACCUGCAUCCCUGCAGUCCGUCUUCCCCCUCCCCCUCCCCGCCCAUCUCCUCCACGCAGAAGCCGAAGGUGAGCCCUUUCUGCACAAAACCAGCAAUUGUAAAUACUUUUUAAAAAUGUAUAAAACUUAAAAACAAAACACAGUUUUAGAAAAA